UAUGCAAUUAAAAAAAUCUAAGUAUACUCGUAGUAUACUUUUGUACAGAAUCAUCGUAUGACAACAAAAAAGGUUUGGUACUUUUCAUUAGAGUCUCAGUUUAGUUUCCAGAAAACAAAGACACACCGAAAAAGAGAGAAAAGAAAAACAAAAAACAAAAAAGUUAAAGUCUUCGCUUCAUUCGAAGUGAAUGGUUGACGGCGGAAAAGGAGAGGGAGGAGGAGAGCAAGCAUCGCCACCCUCGACGGCGGCGCGUCACGGAACCACUCUCCGGCCACGCGCCUCCGUGGAGAGUGUUUUCAGCGGCGGGUAUAGCCCCGGUCCCAUGGCUCUGCUUUCCAAUUUCUACGGCGACGGCGAUGAGUGCAAGUCGUUCUCGGAGCUCCUCGCCGGCGCCAUGGUGGACCCCACGGCACCCUCGCCCAUGCCCACCACAACGUUCACGCUUCCACCUGGAUUCAUCGAUUCACCUUCUCAAGGCCAAUUUGGAAUAACACACCAGCAGAUGCUAGCACAGAUCUCAUCUCAAGCUGUGCAAACCCACUCUGAACAUCCAUUCUCUAUAUCAGCCGUAUCUGCUACCUCAUCAUGUGCUGCACAACAGCUGAUUCCACCCUCAAUGCCAGAUUCUAAGGUGAAAGAAUCCCUUGAUUAUUCUCACUCUGAACAAAAAUUGCAGUCUUCUGUGAAUGUUGAUAAUAAGCCUAAUAAUGAUGGUUACAACUGGAGGAAGUAUGGGCAAAAACAUGUGAAAGGUAGUGACUUCUCAAGAAGUUAUUAUAAGUGCACACGUCCAAAUUGUCCUGUGAAGAAAAAACUUGAGCGUUCUCUUGAGGGUCAUGUGACUGCAAUUAUUUAUAAAGGAGAACACAAUCAUCAACGUCCUCAUCGCAGUAAGAUUGUGAAAGAAACACAAACUUCAAAUGAAAAUUCAGUGUCUAAGAUGGAUCUAGGGUCUAGUCAGGCCACAGGUGAACAUGGAUCAGGAACAAGUGAUAGUGAGGAAGUAGAUGACCAUGAAACUGAAGCAGAUGAGAAAAAUGAUGAACCUGAUGCCAAGAGAAGAAACACAGAAGCCAGGAUCCAGGAUCCAGCCACUUUGCAUAGAUCUGUUGCAGAGCCUAGAAUCAUUGUGCAAACAACAAGUGAAGUGAAUCUCUUAGAUGAUGGAUAUCGAUGGCGCAAAUAUGGGCAGAAAGUUGUCAAAGGCAACCCAUAUCCAAGGAGCUAUUACAAAUGCACGACCCAAGGUUGCAAAGUUCGGAAGCAUGUUGAGAGGGCUUCAAUGGAUCCUAAAGCUGUCAUAACAACAUACGAAGGAAAACACAAUCAUGAUGUGCCUGCAGCUAAGACUAAUAGCCACACACUUGCCAACAAUAGUGCAUCCCAGCUAAAAGCACAAAAGUUUGCCAUACCCGACGUGAAACAUAGUUCCAGCAGCAGGGGUGUUACGGGCAAUGAGCAGCGACCUGUGGCAAGUCUAAGAUUGAAGGAAGAGCAGAUCACAUAGCUUUCUUAGUUCAUAACUUUAGGCGUAAAUAGCCAAAUUCGUCUUUGAAAGUGUGAUGGGUUGACAAAUUAGUCCUUAAAAGAUAAAAAUUUUAAAUUUAAUUCUUGAAUGUACAAAAAAAAGUGUGAUAAAUUAAUACGACAAUUUAAUGAUAAAUUGGUCUCUAAACUUUGCAACUUAAUGUUAAA